GUUCUAGCAGACGACAUGUUGGCUACAGGGAGCAGCACCUCGUCUCGGACGUUACGGUCGCGAGUUAACUCGGGCUCGCUCGAAUGAGGAGGUUUUAAAGGGAUAUAUUAUAUCCCUUUAACGGGUCGUCGUCGGAGAGAGGACGAGGUGCCGAAAGUGUUGUGUGUCCGGGGAGAAACGUAUAAAAAAAGGCUCCAACUCCGCCGCGUGCGGACUCGUGGGUUCCGCGUUUUAUCAAAUAAACGCACCGGGGCGGCUCGUGUGGGUGUGCGGUGGCGGUGGCUGGCUCGUGUGAGAGACGUCGGCCGAGGUGGUGAGGAGCUUGCCGCUGCUGUUCGCCAGUGGGGUGAUUAGGGGGGGGGGGGGGACGAAAGAUAUAUGAAACGGGUAAACUACAAAACGACGACCGAAAUAUCAUCAUAAUCCAGCCAAAAUAGAGUGAACGGCACGAAAGGAAACUAUAAACAGCAGAAGCAGCACACGCGCGAGAGCAGUGUGCACCGGUGCUGUUUUUUGUCUGCAAGAGCGCGCGCGCGCGCGCGCCCCUAUUUUUCGUAACUCUUUCGUUAUUUUCGUGGACGAUUGCAGUUUUUCCUAAUCAGCGAAAGGAUCGUGCGUGUGCGUUGACGUCACUUUUCGAAAGUGAGUAAGAACUGGGCGAGCACAGGGGCAACCCUGUCGUCGAAGGGGGGCGGUGGAGCCGGCGAAAGUGCCAGUGAUGGACGAGGAGGAAGUGGAAAUAAUUGUAGUGCAAUUGUGAAAAGUGAAGAAUUCGAAGGUGACGGGAGUUUGGGGGUUCGCGACGCCGCCGGUGUCGGUGUCGGUGGUGGCGUUCGUGACGACCCUCAACGGGUUGCGAGUGAUCAGUGCGCCAGGUUUACCGAUCGGCACGAGCCGCCGGCUCAACAAUACGAAAAAACCAUUAAAAGGAAUACCAUCGGUGCCGGCGAUUGUAGCUCGUCGACUACGACGAUUGUGGCGGCGCGGGACGAACGGGAAGAACGAGGCGAGGAUAUCGCGUGUCUCUCUUGUGUCAUGGGGUGCUUCGGCAGCCAGAGCAGUAAGGCCAGCCAGGAUGACAGCAAGAACCAGAAGAGGCGCUCCGACGCUAUCACCAGACAGUUACAGAAGGACAAACAGGUCUACAGAGCGACACACAGGCUUCUGUUACUCGGUGCCGGCGAAUCCGGAAAAAGCACAAUUGUCAAACAGAUGAGGAUACUGCACGUUAAUGGGUUCAGUGAAGCGGAGAAGCGACAGAAGAUCGAAGACAUCAAGAAAAAUAUCAGGGACGCCAUUCUGACGAUAACGAGCGCCAUGAGCACACUCACGCCACCUGUAACGCUCGAAGAUCCGGCGAAUCAAAGUAGGGUCGAUUACGUAUUGGAUGUUUCGUCUUCCCCAGACUUCGAUUAUCCAGCGGAGUUCUACGAGAUCGUGGAAUCCCUCUGGAAAGAUCGGGGCGUACAACAGAGCUUCGAAAGAAGCAACGAGUACCAGCUCAUCGACUGCGCCAAAUAUUUUCUAGACAAAGUUGCUAUUGUAAAAAAACCGGACUACACGCCAACGGAACAAGAUAUCCUGAGGUGUCGAGUUCUUACUUCGGGAAUCUUUGAAACACGGUUUCAAGUCGACAAAGUUAAUUUUCACAUGUUCGACGUUGGUGGUCAACGUGACGAGAGGAGAAAAUGGAUACAGUGUUUCAACGAUGUCACGGCGAUAAUAUUCGUAACAGCAUGCAGUAGCUACAACAUGGUCCUCAGAGAAGAUCCAACUAAACUGAGACUUAGGGAGAGUCUUGAUCUGUUCAAAAGUAUUUGGAACAAUCGAUGGCUCCGCACAAUUUCUGUAAUAUUGUUUCUAAACAAACAAGAUCUUUUGGCGGAAAAAGUGAAGGCGGGUAAGCACAAAUUGGAGGAUUAUUUUCCAGAAUUUUCGCGGUAUCAGACGCCGGUUGAACCCGGGGUGGUAGCGGAUCCAACGGAACCGCCGGAAGUUAUAAGAGCCAAAUAUUUCAUCAGGGAUGAGUUUCUCCGCAUAAGUACGGCAAGCGGGGAUGGGAAACAUUAUUGCUACCCACAUUUCACGUGCGCCGUCGACACGGAAAACAUCAAAAGAGUGUUCAACGACUGUCGAGACAUCAUUCAACGUAUGCACCUGCGUCAAUACGAGCUCUUGUGACUUCGUUUCUACCUUCGUCUAGUAUCAUCGAUCCAUCUUCUCAUUAAUGUCACGGAGUUGUCACCUUAAGUUACGAGCCAAUAUGCUGAUAAAAACAAGUCGAACGGCGCGGCAUCAUACUUCCAUCGCUUGCGUAUAUCGUACGGUUGCACCGUUUGACGAACGUCUCAAGCAGCAGGAGAGAAAAGAGCGUGCGAGCGUCGGAGAGAAAGAGAGCGAGUGCAAGAGCGAGAGAAAAAGGAAAUAAAGAAGGAAGAAAAACGAGAUAUACCAAGAAGGAUAAUAAACAGGAAUAAAGAACUAGAGGAUGAGGACUAGAAUCACGAUUGUAUCAUACGCGAAUAUAUGUGAGACAGAAUGUAGAUGUCAACGGGUAAAUGAACCUCCCUCUCGUGACUUUUCGAUAAACGUCUACACGGAUAAGAAUAUAUAAGAAGAAUGUGCACACAAGUUUUCGUGUGUAUUGUGUGUAUGUAUGCGUGGCGUGUGCCUGUGUGUGCAAACGCUUAUCCCGGAUUUAACCGACGACGAUGCCAUUUCGAAUAGUCGAUGGACAUGAAAUGCUUGCCCACCCCUCCUCCCUCUCCCUUUGCCCCUUUCACUGACAUAUCGAUUUGUGCAUCAAUAUUCUUUGGCUUUUUUCUUACCAGACAUCCAUUUAUUCCUUUCUUCCGACAAAAUUCAUUAUUUACGAGCACACUUUCUACCCGAAUUUGCAAUUUUAGCUCCCGAUCAGCUGGCGGACUAAAAUAUCCUUAAACAACCGUCUGAUCGUCGUUCGUCUGCGUUUUAUUUUCAUAGUAAUAUCGGAAUUAUGUUAGACGAUUAGAACUCGCAUGGAAAUAUUUCAUUACUCCAAGCCCAUUUUUAUUUAUCAUCCAGAGUUGUAUCUUCUUGGUGAAUUCUCCCUGACACGCGGACCUAUGAAUCGAGGCUUGACAAGUCCUACCGCCUGAGUGUUACGGAAAAGUAGCGAACCUCAAUUUAUGUAAGGUCUUUGGUGCUUUCCAAUCCUUUGAAGUUACAUUUCGUUCGCUAUUUUAGUGUCUCGAGGAAUUUUCGUCGUCCUACGAAAUGCUAAAUUUCGUGCGAAGACCGCAUUUUUAUCAUCAUCAUUGCUAAAAAACCAGACCGCCCCGUAGAUGUUUAAAACUUUUAUAAUUCUGACACUAACUUGACGUUAAAAAUUUAUCGAUUUUUCUCCGACAUGGUUUGCGUUUUUUUUUUACAUUUAUUUACAAUAUUCAAAGGGAAUUAUCAAGUCGGAAUAGCGUAAAGUAUGGUUUGCACGUUGAUACUGACUUUUAUGAAGGGACGAAAAAAAAACAGGAAGAGCAAACGAAUAGAAAUGAUUUUUAUUGUUAAUUCGAGUCAAUUGCGUUAACGUAUUAUCGAUAUAUUUUUCAUUCCGGUCACAAAUGGUGAACCUUUGCACAGAAGAAUUUUCAAAAGAAUUUCUGUCCUCGUUUUUAUUGAAUCUCCGUCGGAGUCGAUCUUUAUUUUUUGUACAACAGUCUCAUCGUUCAGAAUCUCUCUCGAUCGACGUUGGUCGAUUGCCUAUUAUUGUAUACCUUUCGAAUCUCAUGCGCCAUGAAAAUCGAAAAGAGAAAAAAAAACAGUAACGUCGAUCUCGAUCCGUCGUUCAGCUGUUCCCCGCUGCCUUCUUUGGCAGCAAGAGUAUUUUGUAAAUUGUUUCGUUUCCCCUCACAGUAUUUACAACUGCGUUUUAAUUGUAAAAACCAAACGGUUCAUGAAAUAUGUACAGGGUAGAAGUUCGCAGGACUCUCGUCUUAUGAAUCGGUCACUAUUUCGAUUAUAUUUCCGCGUUACGAGUGCAACGGAAAAAAGCUAUUCUCGAGUUUCGCGCUUUCGUUUCCACGACGAUGAGUUUACUAUUUUUAUUUUUAUUUCUUUUCAUUCGCUGUUUUUGAGAUCUGUACGGAUAAGCACGACUGCGAAGCGUGUUUCUUUCUCAGGCUCGCCCCCGUUCUUUCUUUCUUCGUAUUUAUCAGUAAUCAGAAACAUGUGUGUAAAUAUCUUUUUACCCAUACACAUUACGUAUGAAGACGAAUUUCACAAAUUCCCAUGAGACGACUCGUCAUAGUCAUAAAAACCCGUUUUAUCUUCGGAUUAACAGAUUUUAAUAGAGCUUUUAAUGAAAUCAUUAAACUAGUCGUUAUUAUUCUAUUUUUGAAAACACUUCCCACGGAGGUCACUCACCCGAGAGCUAAGACGUUGAUCGAAGGUCGUUGGCAAAUGGCGAUCAAAGAGCUGAUGUCGAGCUUAACCGAGCUCAACUCCCCACUCGGUUCGAAUUCACUCCGCCACAUUAGAGCUUUUUAUUUUUCUUUACGCAUCGUGUAUUAAUCCAUCGACUUUUUCGCGUUAACAUUUCGAUGUAAACUUUGAGAGGAGAUCUGUUGAAAAUGCGACGUUUUCAUGGCUCGUGGUUUUUGUUUUCCAGUCACACACACAAGCCUGCUUAUCGUUCAACGAGAACUCGCCUUUUUCUCGUUUUAGUUUUUGGAAAGCGCAGCUCUCCUCUCGAAGCUCGUAGGACAGCAGUUGCAAUUUCUUCAAAUUUUUUAUCUCUCUCCCAGGAGAAGUAUAUCGGUGUCUCGUCUAAAAAAUUGUUUCUCGCGCCAAUGAUAUUACGACAAUGUUGAGAGUGAUAUCAUGAUUUCGGACAAAAAGACACGUCGAUUUUUUAUUCUGUUUGUUAAAAAGGAAAAUCUCGAAGUUUCGCACGAUUUUGAUCGCUUCAAAACAUGGAAUAUUUUGUCGGAUCACAGGUCAUGCGUAUACGCUCUACAAAUAAACGAAACAUUCGGCAACUCGAACGGAGAAAAAAGAAACCUCCUGAUUUGCACACAUAUCUUCACGUAACAAUAAUAGGAUCGAUGUCGCAAACGGGCAUGUUGAAUUAUAUGUAUAAUUAUGAUGAUGCAAUUAAUAUAUAUAUAUAAACGACGAAGCCACAGUUUGUAAACUUAUUUAUAAUAAUAUGAACUAUAAUUACUUUUAUGGUUUUAGUAAUGCGAAAAACAAAGAAUAAUUAUCAGUUACGAAAUGUUCUGUUUAUUAGAUAAUCAAUUACGAAUUUCACAAGCGAUCGAUCCCUCGAGUGUCUGUAUUUGACGAGCACAAUGUAUAGCGAGCAGCUGAUUUAUUUCGAACGGCACUUAUUAUUUCAAUCGUGUGUAAUAAAUACAUAAUCGAGAAAAAAUACUUGGUACUCGAUGGAGUUACCAAAAGUGCAAACAAAAAUGUAAUAUCCACGCUCUCGACGUGAGAUCAGCGAUAGAAAAAAGAAUCAAAAAUGUAUUGAUGCCGGACGCGAUGACGAGUGUUUUUUUUUUAACUCUUGUUACUGUAAUAUUAAUAUUAUUAAUAUUAUAUUUCCUAUUAUUACUACAACAAUUAUUACGGCGCGUUAUUGUUUAAAGAUUUAUUUUAUACUUCAAUUCUCACUCUCUUCGGUUGACUCGAUCGAAUACCGCAAAAAUUCACAGUUCGUUUUUCCGAUCCCAAUCCCGAUUGGGCCCAGUGUAAAACACGCGACGCAUCUCCUAACCGGCGAUUAAUACGAUAAUCCAUAGAGAAAAUGAAAAAAGAAUAUAUAAAUGUAAAUUGUCAAUGGUACUGUUACCAAAUAACUUGAAUAACGAGCGAACGAAAAGGAAGCGAAAGAGAGAGAAUUAACUAAGAAGAACCGUAAAUGAAUGUUAGUACGUGUUGACGUGUGUGCGAAUGACGUUUGGAAAUAUAGACGAAACAUUUGAAUCGGAGAUCGCGAAGAGGAACAAAAAGCCCUGUAAUUCGUCUUAAACGAUUCGACGAGUAAAGAGCGAGAAAAAAUGAGAUAAAUGACAACACGAAAGAAGAUGAAAAGUAAAAUAACAAUACGCGCCGAUCGCACAAGUAUCCUGCUUUACGCCCAGAAGUGCAAAUAAAUCGUCUUUUGUACAGUCAAUGAUGAUUGUGUGGUUAAGCGAGAUUUCGACGAGGAAAUGCGCCGAGACGCAUUUAACAAAGAUAAAAAACGAGCAAACACAAAUCUUAAAACGUUAGGAAACAGUAUUCGGUGUGUCGUCGUAUUAAUGCCUGAGAGCCCGAAAAUUCAUGAGUUACAAAAUAAAAAGAGGACAAAAUACAAACAGAGUAAUAGCCGUAUUAAAUCUAGUAAACCGAACAAAACUCGUUUGCGAUACAAUAGCUCCGUAUGGUCAAUUUCAAGUCGACAAACUCAAAUAUGACCUUAACACAUAUUACAUUUUUUCGUGUAUUAUCGCUCGUGUGUCUGAGAGACGGUGUAAAAGAGGAAAGCGAGAGAGAGCGAGAGAGAGUGCGCAGGAGAAUGAAUGCGUGAACCAAAUGUUUAUUAUUGAAUAUAUAUAUAUAUAUUGCUUCGCAAGCAACAAUCAUCGGGUAAUUUCUCGUUGUGCCACUGGAACCGAGAACAAAUUAAAACACGAAGAAGAAAAAAAAAUAAUAAGCAAUUCAGUGAGACUUUAGCACGAAAUGAUGGAAAAUAUAGAAAAUAAAGAAUGAGGACUAAAAAAAAACGAUGUUUCAAGAUAUUUGAAUAUUGAUUACUAUCGGAAAAAAAAGAUAAGUAAUGAAGUAGGUAAUUUGUGAUUUUUUCGUUAGCGAGUGUGCAAUAAUGACUACACUUGUUUGUGUAGCGCACGCCCAUUUUUGUUGAUCGUUCAUUUAGCCAGAUUGUAAUCGUCAUUCGAAUUGUCCACUCACUAUUCUUAUUAUGAUUGAAUAAUAUCACGAUCAUCAUUCUCAUUGUAAAUCGUCACGAGUGAUCUCUAGCGUAGCGUCUUAUCGGUCGGAUUUAAAUCGUCGAUUAUCCGUCUGAAGACCCGUGUAUAUUUUGUACUCGCGCGAACACUAUGAAAGUUAUGACGAGAGCCGAAGAUUCAAAAAAUCGAGUCAAAACAAGCUGUCGCGGAUCCCGUUCAGAAUUUUCUAUUGGUCUUGAAAGCCUCGUAGAAAAGCUCGCUGUAUAACGCGUACGUCGCUCUGAAAUGGAGAUCACGCGAAACAGCGUAACCGGAACAGAACGAAGUUAACCUACAAAAUUGGUUAACGGCUACCCAAAUUUGUCCAAUUGCCCUCGAAUCGAUCUUUUUUCACAAUUACGACCCAAUACAUCCGCGCGAAUGACAAGCACAACCGAAUCCCGGAAUACAUGUUUACAUACGCACGACCUUAACACGCUCGAAUCUUUUUGACCGUUUGUAAAUCGACGACUCUAUACCGAGGAACCGUGAGGAAGCUUUUCGUUACGACGAAAACGCACCGCCACAUAAAUUCGAAGAAUUUCACGAGAUUACGUUCCCAGUUUUCGGUAUAUAAAAAACUUUACUUGUUCUCAAUUUUGGCACAUUUCGUUUCGAGAACAAUGCGGCUUAUUUAGACAGAGAAAAAACUAGUUCUUGAGGAUCCGGAGCAGUUAUGAAAACGUGAGUCAGCCGUUGUUAUAUUAUCGUCGUUGCACCUCGUUAUGUCUAGUUUACUUUUAUUCGUUCUCGCGAUUUCUAUGUUCAAUUAAUUGUGAAAGAAUUUAUUAUUACAAAAUAUCAUAAAAAAACGCCAUUGCAAUUGUAAUUAUUAUUAUUAUUAUUAUUAUCAUCCUCAUCUUUAUCUCGUCGAGUUAGUUGUGACGCAGCUUCACAGAAGCGACAAAGAAAACAAAGUCAAAAAUGAAGAAUUCUGUAUAAUCCCGAAAAAGUAUGUGUGGAUUUGGUUCGUAUGUUGGUAUAUAAGCUGAAUGCUCUACAUGUACAUUCAUCCAUUAACUUAAAAUAUAACGAUAUCUAUAUCUAUACACGCGUGUAAACACAGCCCAUGCACACAUAUACACACGCACAUGACACGGAGAAGGAAAAAGGUUAUGUUCGCGUCUACGAAAUGCUGCGUGUGCGAGUACCGGGAUUUACUCGAGUAACGCAAAUUCGCGGAAAGAAUAAUAAAAAUUAUUUCACCGCUGACUCUCGUUCGUUGUUGGCAAGUGAGAAAACGACGUUUAUAAUUGUCCCUGCAGCAACAUUCGCCGUUAUGAUUAUUCGUAUCCCGUCGUGCGAUGAACUGGGUGAGAAAAGAUGAAGAAAAAAAUGAGGUUCAAUUUUAUUGACAUCGACGCAUAUACAAACCCACUGGAUUUUUCAGGUCAAUUCCGAUGAUAAAAUUACGUCCGUUAGAUAGCAUGAAGAAAAGACUAAAGAAAAAUAUUUAAAAAUUAAAAAAAGCAUAUAAUAGAAUGUGAAUUUUUAACGUAAUUUGCCGGAUUCACUCUGAAAAUGUUCGCGAUACAAAAGUAUUCGUCGUUUUUAUCGGGAAUACAUAUUAUUAUAGAAAGAGAAGAAAACUAAUCGAAUGAAAUGUACGAUGGAACAGAUCGCAUAACUGUAAUUUUUAAUGUCAAAAUGUUUCAUAAUGUCGUACACUCGGAUGAGGAAACACGAAAAGCUUUACCAUCCAUUUGUCCAAUUUUUUUGCAAGAAAAAAUAACCUUAAAAAUGGAAGAACUCGCCCCCGUUCGCACAUAUUUUUUCGGGGAAUCACCGGGAUUCGAUGGUCACGUUUUUUCCAAGUACUGCGAACUGCGAUCCCGUGGCUGCUCGUCGAGCAACUUUGGACGACUGUGGAAAGACUGUGCGUCGGUGUAGUGAACCUUGCUUCGUUCAGUUGCGUCAAUUAAUCGUUAAAGACAUUAGGAAAAAAACUCACAAUCUUCAUUGUUAAUGAAAUUGGUCGUUCGGUCUUUCAAUCGUCGAGUUUACUUAUGGCGAGGCAUCGGAAAAUGAAAGAAGUUGCGCGUCCGUACACUGCGUCAUUUCUACGACUGGAAGAGAGGGAAAACACCCGAUUUGACCGUUGAGGGCUAUGCGAAAUUUGAAUAGAGCCAAAAUUAUGAAUUUUCGUUAUAAAAUGUAUUUAAAGAACAUCACAUUGCAUAAGAAUAAGACAAAAAAUCAAAUAACAAAGUGUCAUGUUGAUAUGGAAUCGUUACCUCUAUUGAAUUAUCUACAUCAAUUAUAUUAGGUAUCGUUAUUAUCCUUAUUAUUCUUGCUAUUAUGAUUAUCAAACCAAAAACGUUGACGAUCCGGUUACGGGCAUUUCGAACGGAAUAUUUGAGAAAAAUGGAUUGGAAAUCCGGAAGUGUGACGAAAUAAUGUUGAAGUAAUUUCGAACGAGUAUGGCGAAUUGAGGUUAAAAUUCUCACCUUUUUUGUCUUCCGAGUACGUUCUUGGCACGCAUUGAAAGAGACCUCUCGAACAGCGAUAAGAAAAUCAAACUAUUACCCGACUCGAAUUCCAACGCCUAUUUGCACGAAUAUGCCAAAUAUAUAUAAAUAACUGAUUCUCUGCGGGGUAUAUUUGUUUUUCGACAACUCGAACUUUUGCGUAGGUACGUAAAAAGCCGUUACGCGUGUGUGCUCACGAGUCAAGGAAUACAAAUGAGAGGAAAAUUGAAAACAAAGCAUUUCAAAACAUAAAUACGAACUCGCGCGAGCGCACGCACGAACGUGUUUUGGUGUAUAUUAGUAUACUUAUACCAAAACAAAACGAGAGAACGCGAACGUCAGAAAUACUUGAUGAUAAAUGCAUUCAAAAAAAUAUGUUUGUGCCUGGAAUGCGCCAACAAUGAUAAAAUCGUCCUCGACGAGUAGAAGUCACUCGCGUAAAGCAUUCAUCCCUCUACUAAUGAAAGAAGCAUAAUAAGAGAAAAAAAAUAAUGUAAUCGAAGAGCGCGAGGAGCGAGAAAAGAAGGAUGCCAUAUAUAAGACGGAGAGUAAUCGCUCGUUCGUUUAAAUCGUAAGGAAAAACCGUAUAGGGAACGAAAAUUUCUCCUUUUGCCGUUAGUUGUUUGUGAAAAGAAAAAAAUAACUAUAUCGUCUUUCAUAAGAGAAAUAGAUAAUUAAAUAAAAGAAAAAUAAUCUAAAUAUAAGCGUGCUACGGUGUGUGGUAUGAAAAAAUGAUGACCGCGGCGUGAAAAGGAGAAAAAGAUACGAGAACCAAUUUUUCGAAUACGAGCUGCGCGUAUUGUUUUCCAUUCUUUCUUUUUUUCGUUCAUACGUUUUUUCAUUUGUUUUUCUACUCCGCGGUAUACGGAGGAAAAAGAAAAACAUACCAAGAUGGAAGAUGAGUUACCAAUCGCGGGAUCGUGUCUCGCGAGAGUCCCAUCCCUUCCAAGAUUCUCGUACGAUCAUCCUCAAUUCGUUGUUGCGUGUAUCCUUAGCGUGUAUGUUUAGAUAAAAGGAAAAUACAAACAAAAUACCCGUCAAGUGAAUUUAAAGUUACAUGCGAAAAUGAAAAUAAGAAAUAAUACGAUUACGAUAUACGUACCAUUACGAGAUUUAAACAAUUUAUUGAUAAUGCUAUUUAGGAAUGAAUAACACUUUCACACUCGCAUUUACGCGCGCGCCCGCACACAUACAUACUCACGUACACACAGGAACGGAAAACGGUAAACGCAAAUGACACGUAAACAAAAAACACGCAAUGGACUGUACGGAUAUAAAAUGGCGACUGUGUCGGACGAUGUUCCGACAAAAUUUGUUAGAAAUCAAUAACGAUCGAGAUCACUCGAUUCCACCAAAUAAUUCUCUAUUAUUUCUCGUACAGAUUUUGCAAUAUACAUGUAAACACAUUUAGGACGAAUGGUUUGUCGAGCCAGAAGGGAGAAGAGACUAUACGUUAGAGCGAUUUGCAUCUAGUUUCAACUGAUGAAAUUUCGACUGAUGAAAAUUUCGUAUUUGCCCAAUGCUUUCUCAAUAUAUAUGACAGAUAUAUAUAUUCGAAGUAUUGAGACGGAAGACUUGGCGAAGAUCGUUGCAUAAUGAACGAGAAGAAAGAUAUCCGCGGACCGAUGUUAAAUCAGUGAAAAAUUCGGGACAAUCCGAAAUCGUGCGCAGGCCCUCUGGUGUAUAAAAUUUCUUCUCACCGGAGCCAUUCGAUAAUAUGGUCGUGAAAUAGGGAUCGUAGAUCAAAUAUAUAUAUAUAAUAAACAAAAUUAUUAAUAUGCGUAUAAGAAUAUACAUGUAUAUAAAUGUGGAAAUAAAUGCGUGUAUAUUCGUAUACAGCAUAGCGUAUAUGUCAUUAAAUUAAUUGCGAGCGAAUGAAAAAAUCAGCGUGUGCGAGUAUAUAUUAGAGAAGAAUACAUGUGGAUGCGCGACCGCGUUUCUAACCUACAAGAGGGAAUAAAAAGUAAAGGGAAGUGAAUAAAUAAUUUGAAAAAAGUAAAUAAAUGAAACAGAAAGAAAAAAACAAAGGGAAAAAUAAUAUUUCAUUCUCAUUCUGUGAUGACUGUUUGAAUAUAAAAUGUUCACAUCAAUUUAAGGUAAUAGAUUAUUAUAUCAAUUAAAAAACUAGCGAAUAAAGAUAUUCUGUCGUUGACAGUCGUUGAAUGUACCAACUGCGCAAAAAUUAAAACAUCUUGAAAAUAAGAAAAAAUAUUUAAAAAUCUAUAUAUAUAUACAUAUAUAUAGAUAUAUGAAACGAUUAACAGGAAAAGAGAGAACGCAGAAGGGAUACCUCGGUCGCGUCAGACCAGCGAGACGUUCAUGCAUCCGUAAAUUUUCGAAUAUCACGAGACCGAAAGCGCCAAGGAAACUAGACACACAGGAAAAAAAUUGACAGAAAUAAGAGACAACAAAAUAACAAGUCAAAUAAAAUGAUUGGAGGGAAAUUUCACCUACACCACUAUUACUAAUACUAAUACUACUACUAUUACUACUAUUACUACUACUGCUAUACCUGGGAUGCAGGGGGAAAACGGUUCUCAAUGACAACAGCAAAAAAUAAAAAACAAAGAGGAGAGAGAAUAAAAAAGAAAUAAGGGAGAGUACGAUUUAUACAUAUAUUGUAUAAGUUAGUCAUUUACCUUUGCUUUUGGGAAUAUUCAGGAGUUUUAUGUAUGAAUUAUUAUGUGUAAUUUAACAAAGGAGUCGAACAUAAUACAUAUAUAAAUAUAACGAUGAAAAACAAGAGAAAUAAAAAUAAUAAAUAUGAAAGGAAAUGGAAUAAAAUUGAAGAAAAAAAGUGUGAACGCUGCAGAGACACUGUAUCAUACGUUUGUGUAACUAAAGUAUAGAAAACAACAAAAUCAUAUACGAUUAUAAAACUAUAAAGAUACAAUAAAUACUUACCGUAUGUCUUAUAUAAAUGAUAAA